AGUUCUCCAUACCCUCUAACUAGAAACCAAGUCACUCUUCUCAAUCGUGACCAAACUGAACAAAACAACAAGUAUGUCAUAAUAAAUUUCUAGCUUUACCAAAUCACAAACCCUUAUCCAACAUAAAAAUCCCAAUUUUCCAACUUUCAUCUUAGAGGAGAUAAAGAUUAAAAUCUCUAAUCAAUCUGAAAUCCAAUGACUGUCGUUUCUAUUCAUUUUAUUCAGAGACGACGAAUUUAUCGACGUCGCUGGUAACAGAGUCGUCGCUGGUAACGGAGUCGUCGCCCUCUUGAUCUGUUCUUUCUGAGUCCUCUCUUCAUCACCAAGCUUUUCUUACCUCUGGUUCCAUCUCCCAGCCAUUGAGUCAGCCAUGGAUAAGCAUCAUCUGUUUCUUCUCUCUACCUUAUCUCAAAUCUCAAUUUCAAAACCUCUCUCCUAUCUCAAAUCUCAUUCUCUGUUUGUGCAUCCACGCAACCGAUAAGUGGCAUCGUUUUCAAGCCGUUUGUGGAGGUGAAGAAGGAACCCGAUCUCCUGCCUUCAAGUCCGGAGCUUUCGCUUGCUCGCUUGAAUGUGAAAGCAGGUCAAUUAAGCUUAAUUUUAACCUUUUUGUGUUGUUUUUCAAGGACUCAAGAGUGGAAGAAAGAGACCACGCGAGAUGUUGAUGGAGUAUCAGCAGGAAAAACGUGGUGGGAGGGUUCAGCUAAAGCCCAUGGUGAUGCCUCAGUCUGAAUUUGAUUACGUUGACAAAGGAGAUGUUGUCUAUGCCAUGGAGUUGGCUCUAUCAUUGGAGAAACUGGUCAAUGCGAAGCUCCUAUACGUUUUCUUCUUCAAAGAUGGGUUCCUAAUAUAUCUACUAAGUUCCUCUGCAAAGAUGGGUUCGUGGGCGUUGUGAGGUAAUCAAAUUAUCUCUGAGAAUACUUUUCUAUAGAUAAACAAUGUAUUGUAAUAAUUACUUUUGCCUUAUAUAUUUUUAAUGUCCAUGUUCACAUUUUUAUAUUUUUAAAGAAAUCACAAUUAUAAUUUA